AAUGAAGCAAAUGGAUAGUAAUUGUUGAUGCUAGUUUAUAACUAAUGAGACUCUCGUUAAUCUAGUUCUCACAGAAUCAAUAUAAGUAAAUAUUCACCGUGGGAAUGUAAAGCAAUCUGCUACAACAGGAUUUAUAAAUAAUUCUAUAAUUACAUUCAAAUUAUGAUUGUUUAGUUGUUCUAGUGAUCUAAUUCGGACAAUCAUCGUUAUUUACGAGUACAACUGUUAAUGCCACAUGUCGACAGGUUGUAAAUCGGGGGUUUUCCAAUCUACCCCAUUUAACAACUGACAGAAAUAUGAUUCCUGGCUGAUACUGAAUGUUUACAUCUAUAUAAAGAAUUGCCGCUUUAUUUACAACAACUCAGGGAAGAAAGAUGCUUACGGAUAAAAUUGUUCUUAUUACUGGAGGUGCUCAGGGACUAGGAUUAGCUUUCUCUGAGAUUCUCUUGGAACAUGAUACGAAGGUUUCAUUCUGUGAUAUCAAUGAUGACGCAGGAAAAGAAACUCUACAAAAUCUACAAAACAAAUAUGGCGAAAGUAAAGUGAUGUUCCAGAAAUGUAAUGUCACCAGUCAGGAUGAAAUGGCAGCCUUCUUCAAAAGUACAAAAGAUAGAUUUGGUCGUUUGGACGUUGUGAUAAAUAAUGCUGGUAUUGGUGGGGAAACAACCUCAUGGGAAAGAACAGUUGACGUCAAUUUGAAAGGAAUGAUCAGCGGGACAUUUCUUGGUCUGGACUAUCUUAGAACAGACAGAGGCGGGAAUGGUGGCGUGAUCGUUAAUGUAUCGUCUGCAGCAGGUUUGAGAGCAAAUCCUUUAAGUCCGGUUUACUGUGCCAGCAAAUCAGGGGUAGUAGCAUUUAGUCAGAGUUUAGCUUGUAAUGAAGAUGUGGUCAAUGGUGGUGUACGUAUAAAUACCAUCUGUCCAGCAUUUGCUGACACACCGUUGGUCAGAGACCUGUUCAAAGAUGACAGUGUCAAUGGUAACAAAGUCAAGGAAUUUGUCGAUAAAAUUGGCAUUAUGACGACACAAGAAGUAGCAGAAGGACUUCUAGAAUUAGUGACAGAUGAAAGAAAAAAUGGCGCUAUAUUAACAAUGUCAAAACGUAAUGGAAAGGAAUAUGUUUCUUUGGAAUACAAGACAGUUGUAACAUAGCAUAUUGUUAUUAAUAAUACUUAUAUAUUAUAUAUACAUUUAAUAUAUAAAUACACAUUUAUGUAAUGCAUAAAUGCACACAACUUCAGACGUGGUGCCCUUUACAAAGUUUUAUGUAUAAGGGAACACAUCUGGCUUUGUGUAAAUAGAAGUUAACAAGUCGCGUAUUGUAAAUUAGAAAAAAAUAUUAACACUUUUUGUAUAUAUAUAUAUAGAUAUAUAUAACUAAAUCUUUGAUGGACUCCUCUUCAACAAAAAAAAAAUGCUGCAAUACGUACCACUAAGAGACAUUUUAAAAGAAUGUUUUCAAAUUCUAAAGUUUUUUUUACUACUCAUUGGAUUACGAUCAACACCAAACUUGACAGGCUGAUAGGGAAUAAUUAAAUUCCUCUUGAGUCCUAUAAAUCUCCAAAAAUAAAUUAUAGAAAAGUUCGAAUUUGGUUUGAAAUUUUACCUCAUCUUUUUCUUAUAAUUGUACAAUAUCUGAUAAUUUGUGCCCGACUUAUUUACCAAAUAUUUAAAAUUUAUCGUUAGGUCUCUAUAGUAAAUAAGUAUUUCGAUCAUCACUAAAAUUCGAUGAAAUACAAAGGACAGCCGCUUCACCACCUCCUGAUUAGUGACUGGAAGGGUCAGUUCAUUCACCAAUAUUUUUUGUUAUGUAUCUAGUCUCGUUACACCGGAGUUAUCGUUCUUACUGCGAAUAAUUACUACAUAUGUAUAUGCAUGAAGCGCCUGGUUGGUCGAGACUAUUAUUUAUAAUGAUAAAAAGUUCAUUAACUUUAUACUCUAAGGACAACUUCAUUUACUAGUGAGAUAAUUCGGGAAUGAUUUCUUACAGGUUCGGUUUACUAUGUGUACAUGUAUACUAGAAGUUAAGAUACACUGCAAAAUAAACAAUGUAAUUAGA